AUGUUUCAAACAAUUUUAUACAUCGUAGUGUCCUUAGUUAUAGUGCAAGCUGAAUACAAAUUCGAAACAAAAUGGUUUCGCGUGCCACUUGACCAUUUUGGUUUUCAGAGGAAUGAGACUUUUGAAAUGAAAUAUUUGGUGAAUGAUGAUAACUGGGAUCAAGGCAGUGGGCCCAUCUUUUUCUACACCGGGAACGAGGGACAAAUAGAAGUAUUCGCAAAGCACACGGGUUUCAUGUGGGAGAUAGCAAGAGAGUACAAAGCUAAACUAGUGUUUGCGGAGCAUAGAUAUUAUGGAGCUUCAAUGCCUUUCGGCAACAAGUCACUGGACAAUGAACACAUUGGUUACCUAUCGUCAGCUCAGGCUCUGGCUGACUAUGCCGAUCUGAUCAACUACCUCCAGGGUAAUGUCAUCAAACCUAGAUACCCUGUCAUUGCAUUUGGAGGGUCGUACGGUGGUAUGCUGGCAGCGUACUUCCGCAUCAAGUAUCCUCAUAUCGUGACUGGUGCCAUCGCAGCCUCUGCUCCAGUCCACAUGUUCACUGGAAUGGUUCCUUGUGGAGUCUUCAACAGACUUGUGACUUCCAGCUUCAGAACAGUCGAUACGCAUUGCUCUAAAAAUAUCAAGCAGUCGUGGGGUGUUAUUAGGCAGUACUCUUCAACCACCAACGGGUCGGAGGCACUGCGCAAAGCAUUCAACCUCUGCACCCCAGUGAAGAAUGCGACUGAUCUGCAAGUGCUAAUGGAGUUCUUGCAGUCCAUGUACUCCUCACUGGCCAUGGUGAACUAUCCCUUCGCCUCAGACUUCCUCACAUCUCUACCACCAGAGCCAGUGAGAGUCGUCUGCCAGUAUCUAAAUCAGAGUUUGACGGGAGACAAAUUGUUAGAGGCUAUAGGAAAAGUUAUUGACAUUUACACAAAUUAUGACAAGAAAAAUAAGUGCGUUGACUUCAUGAAAGGUGACGACUACGGUAAUUUAGACGCAGCUGGGUGGGACUUUCAGGCGUGCACAGAAAUGGUCAUGCCGAUGUGUGCAGAUGGAGUGAACGACAUGUUUGAGCCGGACCCGUGGAACUUCACGAAGUUUGCGGACGAUUGUCACAAGAAGUACAACGUGUACCCUCGAGUGGAAAUGGCCAGGCUCGAAUAUGGAGGGAACAGGCUGCAGGCUUCUUCGAACAUUGUGUUCAGUAAUGGACUAAGAGAUCCUUGGACGGGAGGAGGUAUCCUCGACAGUUUAAAUGAAUCGGUGAGAGCAGUGGUAAUAGUAGAUUCUGCUCAUCACUUAGACCUUAUGCCCAGUAACCCCAGCGAUCCUGAGCCGGUGAAGAUAGCCAGGAAUAUCCACAAGCAACACAUCAGCAGAUGGAUCCAGGAUUUCAAAGACCAAUUGGCAACUACACGUAGAUUUUAA